AUGUCGCGCACCUCGAGUGUUCAGGGGCACUCGCCCGCGCAUAUACCGAUUCCAGAUCCGUAUCUUUCUACGACAUGCGACCCCGAAGAAAUCUCCUUUCAAGCAAGUGCCAUUCGACUGACCCCUUCGCUUGGCAGUCCGCACAGCAACGGACCCGGAUCGUCCCCUCACGACCCCACAGUUCAGACCAGCUAUUUGGACGCGUAUGAGUCCAACAUCAGCGCAUGUGCCUCUCCUCUGUCCGACGUCUUUGUUGAGCCUAGAGAAAUCGAACUGGACAGCGGUUCGAGUAGCUGGCGGGAUGACAGCUUUUCUUCGUACAAGUCCGGGGCCAGUGCGCCAGGUCCCGCUUGGUCUCCUCCCAUGGCGCCAAGCGCUUUCCAGUUCCCCAACGCGGAGCAUAAUCCGGUCACAUCAACAACGCUGACGGGACCUGGGUCUAAUGGUGUGCAAACGAAUUCACAACCCGGCCUCGGUGUCUAUAAUCUCGAGCCGGCCCGACUUGCGCCGUCGGUCGACCAGGAGUCGAACGGACUGGACCCGGGCGCCACGAGAGGGAGAAGCCCCGUUUUUAAAAUUACAAAGUUCACUCGAGGCGACUCGCCUGAAGGUGGUGCGUCGCACCAAAGACGUCCCAGUCAGUCGACAGCGCAUCUAUCAGCGGGUCCUAACGGGCUGGAGGACGAGGACGAGGAAAAUGAACCCAAACCCGUGUUACCUACAUCUUCAAAACGAGAAAAUGACGGCACAUGGCUCCGAGACCCGGCUACUAACCUCGCCGGCAUUGGCCCGGCCUCUCGCGGGGAUGAAUACGUGCCCAGCCCUAACGAUAUCCACGUUCAUCGAGUGAGAGAAGAAAGGAACGAAGAUAUUACCUCUUGGUCCGUCUGCGUGAGUCAGGCCAACAGCGAAGCUGGAACGCCCAGCCCACCGCAACCGCGCCCGCAUAUCCCGAGACGGCUCAGAGCGAGGAGCACUGGAGACCAUCCCCUGAAACAAGAGGAUUACUUCAAUCUCCAGACUCGCACUAUGGACCGACCUUUCCUGGGGCCUGGUGUCCUGGUACAUGAGAGCAGUGAUGAACUCAGCGAAAACGAAAGCGUCGGAACCUAUUCAAAUGAGACAUCUGCUGAAGUUGACGACCCUGAAAGAUACGAUCGCAGUACCCCCGAAGUCUAUUCCUCACUCACACCAACCAAAGCCGAUGAAAGUAUUCGUCUUUACCCCUGGCACGAUCCCCCUCGCGACUCAGCACCUAGAACACACGCCAUGCAACCGGACAGCUCUACCGAUGCUAUGAUAGCAUUCGAAAAACGUGUUCGCGAUCUCGAAACGGCAUCUCUUGCAGCAACCGUUGAUAACAACAGUAUCUUCAAUGUGACCACAUCCUUUGAGAAUUUUUCCCUUGGGGAAAGAGGAAACAGAGAACAACCGAAGAAGCGAACGAGUCUUCUCAAGCGUCCUUUCCAGCAGGCUUCUUCAAUGCUAAAGCGCCAAGCUUCAGAGAUGUCUCUCAGUCAAUCCAGCACCUACCCUCCACUUCAGCGGGAUGCUGAAGACCCACAGCUGAAACAAAGUUACACACCUCGAAACCCAUUCUCGAACCGUCGCCAUUCUCGAUCGCCAAGUCUAAGCAAUGCACUGAUGGCAAUGACCAGCCAAAUAGCCAGCGUUGGCGGAAGUCAAUCUGUACAAGCAGUCUCACCCGCACCAUCCCCGAAUCCCGAGCGAAGCUCCCUGAAUCUACCUCAAUUUCCUGGUCGUGGCCGAAGUAGAAGCGAAAUCCCUCGGCCGACUAGCCCGGGGCUGAUCAACCUGAUGACCGCCCAUGGUGGGCCCCCAGUUCCUAAUAUCACCUCGCCUCGAGUUAGCUCGGAUGCCGACCAGACACCUGGAAGUACAUUCUUAGGUCCAGAUGCUGGUGGUGUCGAGGAUGAGCAUGACGCGGAUGCGAACAACAACAAAGGGUUGGUUAUGGAUUUCCCUGCCAUUCAGAGCCUACCAGUACCAACUCUGGAAGGGUUCAAAUCACAGAUAAUGCAGCUGAACCCAAGGCUUGAGCCAGCUUUGAUCCACCGUCUCGCACAUGAGCAAGAUCGCCGAUUCAAAGUUCUGGUUGGCUUGCAGCAGAAGCAUGCCCACGCGGUCGCCAAUCAUUCCUGCAAAUCUGGGAAUUUCUGCUUUGCUCUAGGUGGCAAAGAAACGCCUCUGCAAGACACCAAGGCUCCAGCCGAGACUAAGGCUGGACAGAAUCAGUUCCACGUGUCCAACUUCACCAACGGGCAUGAGCAAGGUUAUGCGAUAGGAGAAGGCACGGUAGCCGCGGCACAGUUUCCCCCUGGAGUGCCCCUUCCGCCGGUCAGCCGGCUCCCUGCCCGCUUUGAAUGCCCUAUCUGUUUCCAAGUGAAAACCUUCACCAAGCCAUCUGACUGGUCCAAGCACGUCCAGGAAGAUGUACACCCCUUUACCUGUACAUUCCCUCACUGCACCGAGCCCAAGUCCUUCAAGCGUAAAGCGGACUGGGUCCGGCACGAGAACGAGAAGCAUCGUCACUUGGAGUGGUGGACUUGUGCAUUCCCAGAUUGCAGCCACACCUGCUAUCGUAAAGACAACUUCGUGCAACAUUUAGUCCGAGAACACAAGAUGCCCGAACCGAAGACCAAGAAAGGUACGACCGAGCCGAACGGCCGACGCGAUCAGAACGUCGAACGAAUUUGGCAAAAGGUCGAAGAAUGUCGGCACGAGACUAAACAAGCCCCCCAAUCAGAGCCUUGUCGCUUCUGCGGGAAUGUCUGUAGCGAGUGGAGAAAGUUGUCAGUCCACCUUGGCAAGCAUCUGGAACAGCUUGCCAUGCCCGUUCUGCGGUUAUCGAAACCUAGCAGUGCCCCGAUUCCUGCUGACGAAGGGCGAUCGGCCCCCCUGGCUUCAUACGAAACGUCUCUUCAACCGCAGUACGCGACGCAAAACACUAUCCUCGACCAUUCUAUCUCUGGCAUCGAGCUUUCUACCGAGCCUGAGUCUAUGACGGAGUCCCUUGAUUACCCGUAUCUGGGCGCCGGCCUUCCCUUGGCCCAGGCUCAUCCCCUGCAUCAGAAUUCGACCUAUCCGCCGCCCUACGCCGCCCCGCGCCCGAGAUCUCCGGAACCAGAUGUCAUUCACUCCUAUCCUGUUCCUCAGUUCCAGGUGUACCCCGCGGAUUACUAUCAACCGAUGGAGUCCAACAUUCCCUAUGCGGCCACUUAUUCGUCCGGAUAA